CCUCCAUCGUCAACGUGUUCCAUUCCAUCUCGCUCACAAACACACGCCUAGCCAUCUACCUCCUCCUGCCUGCAGCCAAGGGAAAAAACUCCUUCUCCUCCAGCUGUUGCCGCCGCAAUUACGCAUCGUCCUCCGUUUCCCUACCCGGAGAGACUGACCGGCCGGAGCCAGUAAAAGGAAGCCCGCGGAGAAGAGGAGGCGGCGGCGGCUGCGGAGGAGGAGUGGGGUGUGCGUACUGGGCGGCCGGUCGCCCAAGUUCCCCUCGCCUCGUCGGACGAACGGACAGACGGCGCAUCUUCCCCAGCCCGGCGACCGGUUCCCAUCCAGUACGAUGCAGGCAGGAGGCGUCUCCGGAUUCCAGAACGCGCCAGUGACGCGGGCCGUCGUCCUCGCCAGCGGCCUCCUCUCCGUCGUCUUCAGCGCGAACCGCCGUGCCCGCGCCCUCGGCCUCUCCUACCAGGAAAUUGUUAAAAACUUCCGACUGUGGAGGAUAUUUGCAUCUGUAUUUGCCUUUCAAUCAACACCGGAGUUGAUCUUUGGAUUGUAUCUUUUGUAUUACUUCCGUGUGUUUGAGAGGCAGAUAGGCUCUAACAAAUACUCGGUUUUUAGUUUAUUCACUAUCUCAGUAUCAUCACUUCUUCAGAUCCUUUCUUUGGUUCUACUCAAAGAUUCAAACUACAUCAGUGCUCUUGCGUCUGGACCUUAUGGUCUUAUAUUUGGCUCGUUUAUUCCAUUCUUCCUCGACAUUCCUAUCACCUCACGGUUUCGUAUUUUCGGCGUUAAUUUCAGCGACAAAUCAAUAAUAUACCUAGCUGGCUUGCAGCUUCUUUUAUCUUCUUGGAAGCGUUCCCUUAUUCCUGGUAUUUGUGGUCUGGUUGCCGGCUCUCUCUAUCGUCUCAAUGUGCUCGGCAUCCGCAGGAUGAAGUUGCCACAGAUUAUUGCAUCAUUUUUCGCAAGAUUUUUUGCGCCUCCUCCAGGAAGUUCAUCUCGGCCCUCAAGAAGUCUUGUUGGAAACAUGUCUUCCCAUACUGGCCGUGCUGUUCAGAACCAGCCGUCUACUGGAUCUGCUCCUGUCGCGGAGCCGCCAGAGUCCUCCAUUGCUAUGCUAGUCUCGAUGGGCUUUGAUGCGAAUGCUGCGAGGCAGGCGCUCAUGCGAGCCAGAAAUGAUAUCAAUGUAGCCACCAACAUCCUACUUGAAGCGCAGUCUCAUUGAGCUAACAUACCAUAAUUUCACUGGGAAAAAUUGCGUGCAGAACUGAUUAGAUCUGAACAUGUUACGGCCAUCCCUGUGCAUUUAACAACAGAUCGGUGAACUCAUAGUGCUUUGUCGAUUUAUUCACUUGCCGCUGCCAUGAUUUGGAGAAGUUGAACGUGUUCCCUUCAUAGUUGACAGGCAGGUUAGGAAGUCAGGAAUGCCGCUGUUAGUGUGAUUAUGUCAAUACUUAGAUUUCUGCCAACUCACAGGGCAAUGUACCUGUCCAAAUUCAGUUUGUAGGAUAGGUGGGAUAUUGUGAAAGUGUUCAGAAAUUUGCAGCAUGAAAUCUGUUACAUCAUGGACGCAUGAAUGAGAUUUGAGUUCCUAUCAGUCCUAUCGUAUCAUAUUACUUGUUCUCUAAACUAAUGAUAUAAAAAUUCAAAUUUUCUC